CGAGCCGUACGGAGCGGGGCCCGGAGCUGGCGGGGUGCGCGCGCCGCCCGAGCUGGAACCCGGAGCCGACCCGCGGCCAACCCGAGCGCCUUAUUUCCAUUCAGUUCCUAUGGCUUCCCCUGAAAUUGCUUCCCUCUCAUGGGGGCAAAUGAAAGUGCAAGGCUCUACCAUAACGUACAAGGAUUGCAAAGUGUGGCCAGGAGGCAGUCGAGCUUGGGACUGGAGAGAAACAGGAACUGAGCAUUCUCCUGGUGUGCAGCCUGCAGAUGUGAAGGAAGUUGCUGAGAAGGGUGUACAGACCCUUGUGAUUGGCCGGGGGAUGAGCGAGGCUUUGAAGGUGCCUGCAUCCACUGUGGAGUAUCUCCAGAAACAAGGCAUUGAUGUGCGGGUUCUCCAGACAGAGAAGGCCGUGAAGGAGUAUAAUGCAUUGGUUGCCCAAGGGAUAAGGGUGGGAGGUGUCUUCCACUCCACCUGCUGAUGGAUCCAUAAGAGGAGAAUAAAUCACCAUUAGUGAUGUCUGCAA